AUGUCUGUCUCUAACAUGAGAUGGCUAUACUUGGGCGCACUCGGUUUCAUCAUCCUCUGGGGCACCUACCAAGGCAUUGGAGUAUUCUUCUUUUGCACACCAAUUCAAUCUUUUUGGGAUGCAGGUGUCAAGGGACGCUGCCUCCUGGCGCAGCCUACUAUAUGGCUCAUCAGUGGCAUCGUGCACAUUGUCACUGACUUCGCAAUCAUCGUCAUGCCUCUACCAAUUGUUUGGAAACUUCAGCUUCCACGAUCCCAGAAGAUUUAUCUCAGUGGUAUUUUCGGCCUUGGAACACUUACUCUCGCGAUCGGUAUUCUCCGCGUGCAGUGGCUCGACCCCGUUACAGACAUGACAUGGUGGAACGUUACAGCAGCUUCAUGGUCCAUGGCAGAGAUCGUGUCUGGAAUAACUUGUGCUUGCCUUCCGACUUUCAAGCCCUUGCUGGUUGGUAUCAAGAAUUGGCUCCAUCGAUCGGAUGAUGGAGACAGCACCAUCUGUCUCCAGGAUCAAGGAAGCAAUGAGCUUACUGGAUCAACCUUGGCUGCAUUUGAGGGUCAUGGAGGUGUCGGUACUGGACCGAAAGUACCAACCAGUAUCGCAAUGUAUGGAACCCAGACGAACAUAUCGGCAUAA